AUCCGUGUCUCACAUGCUCGUGGCCUCAAAAGCAGCCUAGAGCUUGGCAAAAGGAGGAGGUGGGAGAGUGAGAGAGGCCUUCCUGAGAAGUCAAAUGACCUGAAAUAUGAUCACUUUAACAAACACAUGAACCUUUGAGGCUUAAUCAAGAUUAGAUGCUGGUAUUUUAUACAGUGGGAGGAAUUUUUUUAAUAUACUGGAAUAACCAUGCUAUUCUAAAUGGCAUUAGAUGGAUCUUCAGUAAUGGACAAAUGUGAGAGUUUACAAGUGUAAUAGUAGAUAAUGUAAACAAGACCCAUACUGUAUUUCAGAGUGUGCUUGCAGCACCGAAUUGAUUAUUUUAAUUCCACAAAGUUGUACUUUUGUGCCACAGGCUGUAUUUAUAAACCUCUAUGACUUCACAACAAAUUAAUUUUCAUACAGUGUUCAUAAACCCGUGCUGAAUCGUUACAGUCCACGUACACGCAUUAAAGUUUGUGGGUAUUGUAGUCAUUCAUCACAAUUUGCGUUUUAAUCUGAAAAAAUUUUGUCAUCAAUUAGACUUCCUGACAUUUAAUAUUGGGCUCGUUUAGGCAACUGCAGAAGUCCAGUGAGUCUUUAGAAGAAUAAUAAUGUGCAUGACCGGAUCACACUACCUUCAUUCCCUCCAUCCCCAGUAGGAAAUAUGAUGUUAUGUGAUGGGAUCACGCGGGAGUCAGAAAUCCGGGUAGUCAUGCGCUAAUCCGGUAUUUAAGGUCGAUGGUUCGCUGCUUUUGGGGGAAAUACAAGCAGGGGCCUGGGCGCAUGGGAGGGGAAGUUUCAUACACACUCAGUUGACAGAGAAAGUAAUUACUCAAGUGCUGAAAGUGAUGCGCGUUCAUUUUCGAUAAAGUGUUAACUGAAGUGUAUAUCAGCAGAAAAAUAUCCAGGUGCUACUACAGACUCUGAAUCAGCUGCAGCCGUGCGUAAAAUUUGGUAACCGAUUUGGAUAAUGUGGCGGUGCUGCUUUUUGGUGCUUGUGGGCGCGGUGGCCGUGAGCGCUCAGUUCCCCAGAGAGUGUGUGACACCCGAGGUACUCCGGAGUGGACAGUGCUGCCCGUCACCCUCUGGACUCAACAACGACCCGUGUGGAUCGAGCACGGGACGCGGACAGUGCGUGUCCAUCUCGGUUGACGCGCGGCCGCACGGGCCUCAGUACCCCCACGACGGACGGGAUGAUCGGGAACGAUGGCCCAUCCGUUUCUUCAACCGUACUUGUCAGUGUAAUGGGAACUUCAGCGGUUACAGCUGCGGCCGCUGCAGACACGGAUGGACAGGGCCCAACUGUGACCAGCGAGUUUCUGUUGUAAGAAGAAACGUGAUGCAGCUCAGCGCGGACGAGAAGCGUGCGUUCGUGAACGCGCUGGACCAAGCCAAGCGCACCGUGCACCCGGACCUUGUGAUCGCCACUCGGCGCUAUACGGAGGUCUUCGGGCCUGACGGCAACACCAUGCAGUUUGAGAACAUCACCAUCUACAAUUACUUCGUGUGGUCCCACUACUACUCUGUCGGCAAAACCUUCCUGGGUGCCGGACAGGCCAGUUUCGGGGGAGUGGACUUCUCACAUGAGGGGCCCGGGUUCGUCACUUGGCACAGGUUCCACUUGCUGCAGCUGGAGAGAGACAUGCAGGAUAUGCUGCAAGACCCCUCCUUCGCCCUGCCCUACUGGAACUUUGCCAUCGGUGGAAGCACAUGUGACAUUUGCACAGAUGACCUAAUGGGAGCCAGGAGCAGUUUUGACAUGAAUUCCCUGAGCGCUAACUCCAUCUUCUCCCAGUGGAGGGUCAUCUGUGAGAGCGUAGGAGACUACGACACACUGGGAACCAUCUGCAACAACACUGAGACAUCUCCCAUCAGGAGGAACCCAGCAGGAAAUGUCAACAGGCCGAUGGUCCAGCGUCUCCCAGAGCCCAAGGAUGUGGCGGACUGUCUGCAGGUUAACACUUUUGACACACCGCCGUACUACUCCACCUCCUCUGAAAGCUUUAGAAACACAAUUGAAGGCUACAGCGCCCCCCAGGGGAACUAUGACCCUGUGGUUAGGAGCCUCCACAACCUGGCCCAUCUGUUCCUAAAUGGGACAGGAGGUCAGACCCACCUUUCACCCAAUGACCCCAUCUUUGUCCUGCUGCACACCUACACUGAUGCCAUCUUUGAUGAAUGGUUGAGGAGACACAGUCCAGGUUCGGCAGUGUAUCCUGAAGAAAACGCCCCCAUUGGUCACAACAGGGCCUACAACAUGGUGCCUUUCUGGCCUCCAGUGACCAACGCUGAGAUGUUUGUUACUGCGCCUGAAAAUCUUGGUUACUCUUAUGAAGCUCAAUGGCCAGGUCAAGCUUUCACUAUGACUGAAAUCAUCACCAUGGCAAUAGUCGCUGCCCUUGUGGUUGUUGCAGUCAUUUUUGCUGCCACCACAUGUGCCGUGCGUGCCAAAUCUUACAAGAUGGAGGGCCACCAGCCUCUGCUCGGGGAUCAGUACCAGCGGUACGACGAUGAAAAGAGCCAAUCUGUCGUCUAAGAUCUGUGUUUUGAACAAGAGCCUCACCUUCGUGCCUCUUCUAUUUACAUUUGCAAUGACACAGCUGCGCAGUUUUUUAAAGCCUGAAUCUGUUCUCACCAGAAAAUAUGUAGACUCUUGAAAAUCAUAUUUUUAUUGCAUUCAUGUCCCUAUAUCAAAAACAGGUAUGGUUCAUUUUUCUAUAAAAAUAUUGCUGAUGUGAACAAUUUACUUUUACAUUUCCCAUAUGGACGUAAAUUCCUUUUUAACAUCAGAUUUUAUAAUGCAAAGGUAAAAAUACAUGCAGUGGUCUUUAGGGGUAGCCUAUGACUUUGCAAAAAUAGCAAAGGCUGCUUCUUGGCAAUUUUCAGAUUUCUGGAAAAUUUGAAAAUGGAAAUUGUGUUCAAAUAAGGUGAACAUGAGCAAAUGAAGUGUUGGUAUGAAGCAAUGCCACCAGAUGGUGCUCAACUCUGAUCCUAGUCAGGCUUUUGAAAUGUCAUGAAAGUAUCAGCAGUGGUAUUAGUGCAUUGUGUAGGUAAGUGCUUGAUGUUUCACUUUAAAGGUGAUCAGGUGUAAAGAAGAUUCUGAUAAGUGAUCCAGAAUGUUCUGUAACUUUUUGGAGACAUUUAAAGUAAUAGAGAAGGUAAUAUGAGAGUAAUACAUGCAAAAUAAUUAAAACAUAGACUAAAGCAACUACAACUUCAACCAUGUUUAUAGGAUAGAUCACUUUCUGUUUAUCUGACUUCACAGUCACAGUAGUUUAGUUGCAUAAUGGCAACACAAGUGAUUGACAGUAAUAAUUGAACAAUACACUACCCAUGUAAUAGAGCCACAACACCCACAAGGGGGUGCAAUAGUUCAACCUCUCAAACUGCUUGUGCAGCAAUUAUUAGGAGAGAUAUGCCUUUUUAAUAUGAUGUAUUACAUUACAUUGAUCCACAUGACCUGAAAAGUUAGUAGUAAUGAAUGAAGAUAUUAAAAGAAAAUGACAAAAAUCGGGAAGAAAUGUAGCAAAUUGCAGAGGGUCAACAGGUUGUAAUCCUGAGUCCUUACUGAACUGUGUAUGCAGCGUUUUUUUUUUUUUUUAAACUGAAUUUAUUUGAAACGGUCAUUAAUGCUAUUCUGUUUGUUACAUUUCUACUUUUGCCAAAAUGUUGUUGGAUCUGGGUGCAUGCCAAAUUAUUUAAGUGAUUAAAUUUGACUCCUAUACACAGUG